AUGACACCCCAACUCCGGAGAGGCCUGCCAGGCAUCCUCACCUGCCGCUGCCUCUUCUGGGCUUCCUGGGGGGUCAUCUCCAAGGUGGCCAACUUGGAGAUCCUCUCCUGCCAGGGUCAAGGGCAAGGGAAGGAGUGGGUUCCUAACAGUUUCACUGCUGUGGGUGGGGCGCUCCGGUUGCUACGGGCCAUCUCCUCCCACCUCCGAGAGGAAGUGAGGGCGGGGCUAGCGGGGCUCCCGCCCCUCCGCGUUGCCCUGGAGACCAAGCAUCAGUUUCUCAACCUCGGUGGGAAUGGAGACCAAACCCCAGACAGGAUUCCUGGACAAUGAAUUCCCAACAGGGUCAUUCAGCCGGCGGUCGCCAAGAUGUCCUCAGUGGGGAAGGUGACCCAGGUUCCCAGCGGGAAACUCUACCAGCAGAUCUUCGACGCUGAGGCGCAGCUGGUCCGCUCUCUGGCAGCCUCCAGGCAGCGUGCCUUGGACAGGUCUAUGACCCCCAAGAAUGGCAGGAAGCCCUUGAUGAAGAAGACGGAUAUUCCUGAAGGAGAGAUGAUGUCUGCCCGGCAGCAGAAGUGGGCACACAGCCUACCCAAUGACUGGGUCACAGAAAACCCUGUUCUCUACAGGGAAAAGGAAAUAAUCAAGAAGAAAAAAUCUCAAGAAAGUGAGAGCACCAUUGCCGCCCGAGAGGUCCGGGGCCUCAUGGACACCAUCGUUCCCCAGAGGCCCUGCACCGCCACCCUGGGCACCACGGGAAUGGACUCCAAGAGGCGGGGCUACGAGAGUGCUCUGGGGAGCUUUAAGGAGGAGAUUGCUCAGAUUGGGAUGGAAAUGGAACCUUUUAUCUUGGAGCCAGGAACUCUUCUUUUAAAAAAGCUGGCCGAGUCGGAUGAAGACAUCGACCGGCUCUUCAAAAAGGUGGAAAGCGACACCAACCUCGAAGACUACACCAUCCAAACCCUGCUGGAGCUGUGGGAUCAGGUGGCUGAGAAGUUCCAGUUCCAGAAGCAGGGGAUCAAGGAGCUGGAUGAGGCCCUGUACGAGGCUGAGUUCUCCCGGGCAGAUAAACUCAAAGGCGUGUUGAAGAAAUAUGUGGAAAUCAUAGAGAAAACUUCCUACCUCAUGCAGCCCGAAGUGUACAGGCUGAUAAAUAAGGAAGCCAUGGUCAUAAACCAAGCCCUACUGGGCAACCGGAGGGCCAUCGCCCAGCUGUUCACCAACCUCAUGGAGGCCACGCUGCAGCAGGAGCUGGAGAGCCACCGCCAUUGGCAAGGCCUGGUGGACGCCUGGAAGGCUCUCAAGAAGCAGGCCCUGGUGCAGAGUUUCAGUGAGUUCAUGGCCAGUGAGAGGAUCCGGACUCCUCCAGCUGUGAAGAAGGAGAUGGAGAGCAUGCUGAAGAACCAGAAAGCCCUGCAGCAAAAGCGGCUUGAGCAUCUCUGUACCAUCUGUGACCUUCUGCCCCCCAAUUACAGCAAAGCUCAGCUGACUGAAUGGCAGUCUUCUCUCAACUCCCUAAAUAAGCACCUUGAUACCUACCACAUGGACUGCAUGAUGCGGAUCCGCCUGCAGUACGAGAAGACGUGGCAGGAGUGCCUGGCCCAUGUGCAGAAGUGCAAGAAGCAGCUGCUGGACUGGAAAGCCUUCACCGAGGAGGAGGCUGAGAGCCUGGUGAGCCCGUACUUCUUCCAGAUGGUGGGAGUGCUGCAGAGCGAGGUGGAGGAGAAGCUGGAGCUCUGGGAUAAAUCCUUUGAGGGCCUGGCAAAGCAGACAGAAUGGCAGAGCUCGGAUCUCUUCACCUACUUCCAAGAGGCCGUGCAGCUGUGGGAGACACAUCAGAGCCUGCUGUCGGUGCAGGAUCUGGGGCUGGAGAAGAGGCUGGAGCAACAGCGGCACAGGCACAGCCCGGAGGAGCAGGCCCAGGAGGCCCACCUUGAUAAGCUCUUGGACCAGCUGAGGCAGCAAAGCCACGAGGAAACACUGAAGAUUCACCUGGAAAAGGCCAAAGAUUUCCUGAAGAAUAUGAAAUACAGGUAUGAGUGUUUCCACAAGCUCCUGACAAAGGAGGUGAUGGAGUACCCCGUGAUCAUACUGAAAGAACUGAACUCCUACAGCUCCACCCUCAGCCGACACUUCUACGUUCGUGAGAUCUUUGAACAGACCUUGGAUGGGGAAGUCAUUUUCAAAUUCAGGGAACCAGAAGCACACGAAAAGCACUUCCAGGAGAGUAUGAGGAAAUGGAGAAGCAAGCAGAGGGCUAAAAUGGAAAUGAGCACAAGUGAGGAAGGUGAAAGUAGCGGGACCAGUCCCUCCAGGCCAGCAGAAGAGGCAGAAGAAGAUGACCACGAAUUUGAGUCUUCCUUAACUGAGGAGAUGGCAGUGAGCCAGCAGGAGCAGUCUGUACUGAGUGACGAGAUGGAUGAGUCCGGUGAGGAAUCUGUUCAGGAAUCAGAGAAAAUGCAGGUCGAGAGAGACAGCUCCUUAAAAUCAUCCCUGAACCGGGAAAAUGAGAAGAGGAAGAAGAAGAAGAAGAAGAAGGAAGAGGAGGAGGAGGAGGAGGAGGAGGAAGCGGAGGAGGAGGCAAAGGAGGAGGAGGAGGAGGAAGAGGAGGAGCACGAAGAGGAAGAGAAGCAAGGGGAGGAGGAGGAACAUGAGAAGAGUCUCGGGGAGAUCUCCGACGAGGACAUGGAGUCCUUCACAACCUCCAGUGGACACACUUAUUUUGUCUUCCUAACCCUGGAACAACAAGAAAAGAGUUGCAAGAAGCCCCAUUCCAACCUUUCUACCAUUCUCAUCAAUGACAUUUCCAGUGCCAACUUCCUAGAACAAGUGAUCAUUCCAUCCAGACUAGUUUUACAAAUUAAGAAACAACUUCGAGCUGGCUUUUUUGACCACCUAGAGAAGUGGUUUGACCAAUGUGUCCUCAAAACCCGGGUCAUGGUGACCACCAAGAUUGAUGAGCUGGAUUCAGAAUUGGAGCUGCGUCAGCAUCUGCAUGAGCCAAGAGCCAAGCGCAUUGAAAAGGACAUCCAUAAUGUCAGGGCAGCUGAGCUCUUGCUUCAUCAAGAGCGGCUGGACAGCCACUGUGCUGGGGUGACCGAGACGCUAAGGAAGCAGAGGCUGAUGUUCUGCCAGUUCCAAGAAGAGCAAAACAUAAAGAGCAAAAACUUCCGCCGCAAGAUUUACGACAUGGAGCACAUCUUCUUGAAUGCCACAAAGAGCCAGAGGCUGGUUAGUCUCAGCAGCACGCUGCACCGGGAGCUGCUUAGCUAUGUUGAUGUCAUCCAGGUGUCCCUGCGCAGCUUCCGCCAGUACUUGGAGGAGAGCCUGGGCAAGCUUCGCUUAACCAACAUUGAGUUCAUCAAGCACUGCAGAUUGUUUUCUGAGGGAGGCAACUUUUCUUCUGAAGAAAUUGACUUACUGUGUCAUCGACUGGAGAAGGAAGCUUCCCGAAUAGAGUUUGUUGAAAGUUUAAUCAUGAUCAACAUGGAGAAGAUGGAGAGUGAAUACCUGGACCAGGCCAAUGAUGUCAUCAGCAAGUUUGAAAGCAAAUUCCAUAACCUGUCUGUGGACCUUAUUUUCAUAGAGAAAAUCCAGCGGUUGCUGACAAAUCUGCAAGUGAACAUCAAGUGUGAGGUCGCAAAAUCCAAUUUGCAAACAGAUGGAUUAAAUUCUUCUCUGGAACAGCUCCAAAGGAAAGUAGAAAUGUGUCGAAACUCAAAGGGAGAUAAAAAAACGGUGACCUCAGAAGACCUCCUUGGCUUCGUCCAGACUUGGAAAGAAAAACUGGGCCAGAGGAUUCACUACCUCAAUUGUAGGCUGGACACAGUGUCUGUGACUCAAGUGGUCUUUACUGACAAUGUCAUGACCGACCUAGAGGGAGAGAGUGACAUCAUGAUGUCUUCAGAAGCCCUUGAAGAGGAGGCCAAGAUAGACUUGGUCACCCCCGAGUCCUUCGCCCAGCCGAGCCGCAUGGGGAAGCCCAUGAUUGAAGACCCAGCUGUGGAAGUGGUCAAGAAGAUCCUGAAACUUCCUGACGAAAAAUGCUCAACCCAGCAGUGUGACAAAGACCGCUCCCAGACAGGCCUGAAGCGACACCAGAACCGGGGGGAACAUUUCAUGAGGAAAGCCUUGUCCAGUGCCAGUGCCACUUCAACAGGAAGCAUCACACGAUACUCCAAGCCCAACCGAAUGGACAGAAAGUACCAGGUGCUCGGGGAGAAGCCACCGCCUCCAGCUGAGGAUUUUAAAGGGAUCAUCCUGACCCUCCUCUGGGAGAGCAAUGAGCAUCUGUUGAACGUUGUAGAGGAGUUCUACCACAGAGAGAAGCGCACCAUCACCAGGCCUGACUGCAUGUACGAAAACUUUGACCAGUGUGCCGAGAACAUCUGCAAGAAGAUCCUGGAGUAUCACAUGCAGACAGACGAGUACCAUAACUCCUGCCUCAUAGAAUUACGGGCCCAGCUGAGGAGAUUUGAGGAGCUGCUGCCCCAGGUGUGCUGGCUGGUGAUGGAGAACUUCAAGGAAAACCACUGGAAAAGAUUCUGUGCCUCUGCCGAGGAGAUCCGGGGACGGUUCCGGAAUUAUCAGGAGAAGCUGGAGGAAAGGAAGGAUGAAAAUGCCCAGAAGCUCCAUCUGAAUCUUGGACAUCCCACACAUUUCCAAGAAAUGGAGUCUCUGUGUCAAGUGGAAGAGAAAAGGCAGGAUGAUUUAGACACUGUGAUUGUGGCAAACAAAGAGAAGCUCGAGGAAUUCACCAGGAAGUACGGCCGGUUUUUCAUAGCCAGCCUGGCCACCUUCACCGAGAAGUUCCUGCUGCAGUUGGAUGAAGUGGUCACCAUCGACGAUGUCCAGGUUGCAAGGAUGGAGUCCCCCAAACAGAAAACAUCAAUCCUCAUACGGAGGAAACUCGCUAGGCUUUCCCUGAAGGAAGAAAGUGAAAAGCCCCUGAUUGAACGGGGGAGCAGGAAGUGGCCAGGAAUCAAACCCACUGAAGUCACCAUCCAAAAUAAGAUUCUCCUCCGGAAAACAUCAUCCAUCACCACCACCAAAACGACCCUGGGCCACCUGGCAGCCGUGGAAGCCCGAGAUGCCGUCUACCUGAAAUAUCUAGCACUAUUUGAAGAGGAGUUGAAGAAGAUCCAGAAUGACAACAUGGUGCAGGUGAAGGAGGCUCAGAGCUGGAAGGACAGCUGGAAGCGCUCCGUGCAUACGAUCCAGGGCCUGUACUUGUGACACCCUCACCCCACCCCACAUAAAGGCUCAUUUUUAAUGGACACCCUUCUCUCUCCUCCUGUCCAUCUGUCCACCCAUCCAUCCCUGCUCUAUACCCAGCGCUGUAGCCUCAUCGGUGACCAGGACAUGGUGUGGUCUCUGCCCAUGUGGAGAUCACUUCCAAUGAGGAGCGUGGAGGUGAAAAGGGGAGUUCCACGUGGUUAGCAGCAAUGGUGGGUCACAGGAGUGGGCCACUUAAAAUAAAGACCAGUACUCCAGAGGACAUGAUUCCAAUAGGCACACUUGACCCUUCAUCUUGGGAAACAAAAUGAUUAAAAUGUAUGGGCAUGAAUACAUUUUACAUUUAACAGUGUAAAAUAAUUGCAACCAUGCAACCA